UCGGCAAGCAGUGUUUGUAUUAGAGUCAUCGACCGCAGACAAACGAGUUUUCAGUUGUGUUAUCAUAUCGAGUUGUGUUGUAGUGAAUUUUAAAAAUGUCAGAAAGUGAAGUGAAUCUUUUUGAUGAAUACGAUCGUUACAAUUUCGAGUAUGACAAGUACAUUUUUUCGGGACAUAGCGGUAAACAAAGAUCAAAGAGGGAGGCAUCAGAACACACCAAUCAUUUUGACCCGAGUGGACAUUCUAGAAAAAUCCUCACCAAGCUCAUGAACACCGAGAAGAACAAGAAAAUGGAAGUCGAAGUGAAGCACUAGUUCUCAUUGUUUUAAAAAAAUAUGAUUCUAUGUGAUUUUCGUUUUUCCGAAGACAAUUAGCGCUAGUUCAGGACUGUGAUUUUUUGUUUACCGACAUGAUUAUAAAUUUCGAAAAGUAUAUUCAACAGUGACGUGAUGUGUACGCUUCAAGGCUAACAACACCUCAGCCUACAAUUUAUUAUUACAUGUAUUGAUAUUGCUUUCGUUGUCUUAUUUAUGAAAUCAAAUCUAUUAUCAUUAAUAUACACAAUCUCACUGA